CCGCAAUUAAAUCGGGAUCGAUAGUCAACAUUUUCUGAAAUGCGCAAGCGCAGUAGAAGGAAAGGAACCUCGUGGUGUUGAUGUGCGAGGAGAUCAUUUUAUGAAAACAAAAUGUUGGUAUUAUUUGAAACAGCAGCCGGUUAUGCGGUGUUUAAACUGCUGGAUGAAAAGAAAUUAAAGAAAACAGAAAAUUUGUAUCUAGAUUUUGAAUCAGCAGAAAAGGCUAAUCAAUUAUUGAAAAUGAAGCAUUUCAAAAAGUUCCAAGACACAACUGAAGCCCUUGCAGCUGCCACGGCCACUGUUGAGGGCAAGAUGAGUAAACCUUUGAAGAAACUCAUGAAGAAGGUCAUAGCAUCAGAUGCCCAGGAAGAAUUGGCAGUUUCUGAUGCUAAGCUGGGGAACGUUAUAAAGGAAAAGUUUAAUAUCAGUUGUGUCUCAAACUCUGCUAUUCAUGAGCUGAUGAGAGGAAUCAGAUCCCAGAUGGACAGUCUUAUAACAGGCCUGCCACAGAAAGAAAUGGCAGCCAUGGCACUAGGAUUAGCACACAGUCUAUCUCGAUACAAACUGAAGUUCAGUCCAGACAAAGUUGACACUAUGAUUGUUCAAGCUAUAUCAUUAUUAGAUGAUCUUGACAAAGAGCUGAACAAUUACAUAAUGAGAACCAGGGAAUGGUAUGGUUGGCACUUUCCAGAGCUCACAAAGAUCAUUGGAGACAACCUAGCGUAUGCCAAAUCUGUCAAGAAAAUGGGUUACAGAACAAAUGCAGUUAACACAGACCUCUCGGACAUCCUACCGGAGGACAUAGAACAGGAAGUGAAACAGGCAGCAGAAAUCUCCAUGGGAACAGAAAUCUCAGAGGAAGACAUUUUGAAUAUCACAUACCUCUGUGAUCAAGUCAUAGAGAUAACUGAGUACAGACAGCAACUGUACGAGUAUGUGAAAAACAGGAUGAUGGCUGUGGCGCCCAACCUAACCGUCUUGGUAGGAGAGCUGGUGGGAGCUCGACUUAUAGCUCAUGCAGGCUCCCUGCUGAAUUUGGCUAAGCACCCUUCCUCCACAGUUCAGAUUCUUGGGGCAGAAAAAGCUCUAUUCAGAGCCCUGAAAACCAAGCAUGACACCCCAAAGUAUGGUCUCAUUUACCAUGCCUCUUUGGUCGGGCAGGCCAAUCAAAAACUCAAGGGAAAGAUGUCCAGAAUGCUUGCUGCUAAAGCUGCCCUUGCGAUUCGUGUUGAUGCCUUAGGAGAAGACACUAAUGUUGAGCUAGGAAUGGAGCACAGAGCCAUGUUGGAAAAACGCAUGAGAUCAUUAGAGGAGGGAAAGGCAAGAAAAAGCACAGGAAGUGGAAAAACUCCUGUAAAAUUUGAGAAGUAUUACAACAAAAGUGAAGUAAAAACAUAUGACACAGCAUUUGACUCAACUUUGCCAAGUGCCUCUAAGAAACGAAAAUUUGAGGAGAAUGGGGAUUUGGAAGAUGUAAAGCCUAAGGUUGCCAAAGUGGAAGAAGGUGGUGAUGCCCCAAGCUCAGAGAAAAAGAAGAAGAAGAAGAAGGAAAAGAGGAAGAGUGAAGAACCAUUGGAGGAAGUUCUGCCAUCUGGAGACUCAGAAAAGAAGAAGAAGAAAAAGAAGAAAAUUAAAGAAGAACCAGAUAGUGACUGAUGAUGUCAUAAUGACAUCAUGUGAUCAACCAUUUUAUCAUGUGUUCAUCUUGUUGAGUUUUAUAGACUGGUCAGAAUGUUAAAGGAAGAGAGAGAGAGAGGUGGAGAAUGUGCCGGUUGUAUUCAGAGUCAUCUAUGUCAACUUUGUUAAGGAUAAUUUGUUAUAUUUUACCUCCAGUAAAUAGACUGAUUGUAUUCAUAUACCCAA